AUGUCGGGGGGCGGCAGGCCGCCGGCUGCGCAGAAGAUCCUGCAGUCGCUGCGCCCGCCCCCGGCCUUCUCCGCGCCCUCCAGGCCGCCCUUCGCAUCCCCCGACGACUACCACCGCUUCCACGGCCCAACCACCCCUGCUGCCACCGCCUCCGGCUCCGGCGGCAUCGGCGCCGGCGGUGUUGGGGCCGAUAUCGAGGAGGGGCUUAUCAUCCGGACGCCGUUAAAAAGAAAAGCCACAUGUGAAGAAAAUAAGGCUGCUGAGUCGAGUGAUUGUAUGAUUGUCACUCCUGGAGUCACUGGCAAUCCGCUACUCACGCCGGUCUCUGGAAAAGCUGUUAAGACUUCUAAAUCAAAGGCUAAGAACAACAAAGCUGUGCCGCAGACACCUAUACCAAAUGUUGGCUCACCACUCAAUCCAUCAACUCCUGCUGGUACUUGCCGCUAUGACAGUUCAUUAGGCCUUCUGACAAAAAAGUUUAUCAACUUGCUUAAGACUGCUGAGGGUGGUGUUCUAGAUUUGAAUAAUGCUGCAGAAACACUAGAGGUUCAAAAACGGCGCAUAUAUGACAUAACUAAUGUCCUUGAAGGAAUUGGUCUUAUAGAAAAGACGCUUAAAAACAGAAUUCGUUGGAAGGGCUUGAAUGAUUCAGGGGUAGAACUAGAUAAUGGCCUUUUAGCUUUGCAGACAGAAGUUGAAAAUCUUAGUCUACAGGAGCAAGCCUUAGAUGAGCGUAUAAGUGAUAUGCGCGAAAAACUAAGGGGGUUAACGGAAGAUGAGAACAGUCAAAGAUGGCUCUAUGUGACAGAAGAUGAUAUCAAGGGAUUGCCCUGCUUUCAGAAUGAAACUCUAAUUGCAAUAAAAGCUCCUCAUGGUACUACACUCGAAGUACCUGAUCCUGACGAGGCUGGUGAUUAUCUCCAGAGGAGAUAUAGAAUUGUAUUAAGAAGUACAAUGGGCCCAAUAGAUGUUUACUUAGUUAGUCAAUUUGAUGAGGGGUUUGAGGAUUUGGCUGGUGGUGCAACACCUCCAAUGCAUACAAAUGUGCAAAACCAUAGAUCUUGCGAAGACUCGCGUACAACAAAUGCUCCACAAAGCAGCAAAUCAAUGUAUGUGGAACAGAAUGUUCAGUACAGCCAGAAUACUCCACAAGAUCCUAGUUGUUCAAAUGAUUUUGGAGGGAUGACAAGGAUAAUCCCUUCAGAUGUUAAUACUGAUGCUGACUACUGGCUUCUAACAGAAGGAGACGUUAGCAUUACCGACAUUUGGAAAACAGCACCGGAUGUGCAGUGGGACACAGAUGUUUUCUUACCCGAAGAUGUUAGCACCCCACGUGCGCAUAAUCAGCAUCCACUCACAGUGGGUGAGCCACGGUUGCAGGUUCCAAGCAUGGAUCAACCGUAGAGCAUAUGGUUAACAAAGUGAAAAUUUGAGAUACGGAAUGCCUGGUGCAGGUGUUUUGAGUGUGAUGGCACAAUAUGACAGCAAAUACUGAUUUCACAGCGGAAAGAGCUGGGUUGUUUUCAUUAAAAUCCACAUCAUCUGGAGGGAAGUCAGGGCAGCAAGUUCAGACUGAUAACCAUUCUGAACCCCCCAAUUUGUUGGGGAGACUGGUGGUGCUGACUAACUUAUCAGUGUGCUGCACGGUUUGCUCGUGGGCCGGGCUUCAGUUGAAAAGGUGGCAAGUGCAGAUUGCACUGAGGCUGCUAUGCACAUUCAGCCGCCUCCUCUAUUUAUUCUAACUGAAUAUAUCUUGCCAGGCAGUAGGGGCCUUGUGGUGCUCCUGAACUAUUUGGAAUCUGUGUAAACAAUGCACGGAAAUGGUGCACAGUGCUUGAGCUAUCCGUGUAAGAGAACAAUGGGUGACAUGUUGAUGUAACCGAGUCGUCUUUGUACAAUUGUUAAAUACUCUCACCAUGCUUUACAAGAGUUUUCUCAAGUCUUUUGCUUGUGAAGGGGUGGAUA